UGAGGAAUCUGGAGUUGCUUGAAGACAAUAAUGCGACGAAACCGCCAAUGCUCGCGUGUCUUCGUGUGACCCCGCUCUGUCGCUUUCGCGCAGCUCCGAGAACUGAUCUGGAUUUUCAUGCAACUGCAUUAUUCUGUGGUCUGUCAGGGGCACGAUGUUACCUAGCGACGAUCCGUGUCCAAUGUUUCCUUUUGCGGCUUUGCAGCCGUAACUUCAAACAUUCACCUAGGGAUUUGUUCGAAGGCCGGGCGCUCUCAAAAAUUGUGAAAGACGACAGCCUUCGAGAAGACUCCGAAGAUCUAGUUUCAGUAUCCGAAGAUCUAGUUUCAGGAUCCGAAAUCUCUGCUUCUGCUGCACGUGACAGUCUCUGGAGCUGCAUUACUAUGUAAGCGCAGCACGACAAUUUGCGCAAUCGUGAAUGACGUCGAUGAAGCUGUCGCACCAAUCUAGGAUGCUAAUAAACCGGCAUUGACCGGGGAUCUAGCGAGAA